ACUCACACGAAGAAGAUUAUUCCGGAAGUGAACCCGUUCUUAUUAUACCUCAGUGAGUAAACCGCGUUGUCUUCAGUACUAGCAACGAUGGCUAGCAGAGAUGGAAACUAUAAUAACAGAAAUCAAAAUGAUGGUAGAGGUUCCAGGGGCGGCGGACAGAAUUUCGGUAGAGGUUCCGGGGGUCGCGGGCAGAACGAUGGUAGAGGCUUCGGGGGCGGCGGGCAGAAUUCUGGUAGAGGCUCUGGAGGUGGCCGGGGUGGCGGGCGUAAUGCCGAGCCCCCGCCAAUGCCCAUGUCCUCUCCGCUCAUGGGCAAGAAGAAAAAGCCCUUCCUUGGGAUGGCCGCGCCGCUAGGCUAUGUGCCUGGACUCGGCAGAGGAGCCACAGGUUUCACCACCCGGUCUGAUAUCGGUCCCGCUCGAGAUGCCAAUGACCCGGUGGAUGACCGCCAUGCUCCCCCGGGGCAGAGGACGGUGGGGGACAAGAUGAAGAAGAACCAGGAAGACGACGAAGAGGAUCUGAACGACACCAACUAUGAUGAGUUCAACGGCUAUGCUGGCAGUCUGUUCUCCAGUGGGCCCUAUGAGAAAGACGACGAGGAGGCAGAUGCCAUCUACGCAGCUCUGGACAAGAGGAUGGACGAACGACGCAAGGAGAGGAGGGAGCUGAGGGAGAAGGAUGAGAUAGAGAAGUACCGUAUGGAGCGCCCCAAGAUCCAGCAGCAGUUCUCUGACCUCAAGAGGAAGCUGUCAGGAAUGUCAGAUGAGGAGUGGCUGAGUAUCCCGGAGGUUGGCGAUGCCAGGAACAAGCGCCAGAGGAACCCGCGCUAUGAGAAACUCACCCCUGUACCAGACAGCUUCUUCUCCAAACACCUGACCACAGGAGACAAGCACACCACCGUGGACCCACUGCAGGGGUUGAACCUCCCAGGUGGUCUGGAAAGCCCGUACCCUGGGGGGAUGACCCCCGGCCUGAUGACCCCUGGGACAGGAGAGCUGGACAUGAGGAAGAUCGGCCAGGCCAGGAACACACUGAUGGACAUGAGGCUCAGCCAGGUGUCUGACUCUGUGAGUGGACAGACGGUGGUGGAUCCUAAAGGUUACCUCACUGACCUAAACUCUAUGAUCCCCACGCACGGAGGAGACAUCAGUGACAUUAAGAAGGCCCGUCUGCUGCUGAAGUCAGUGAGGGAGACCAACCCCCACCACCCCCCCGCCUGGAUCGCCUCGGCCAGGCUAGAGGAGGUCACAGGGAAACUACAGGUGGCCCGGAACCUCAUCAUGAAGGGCACUGAGAUGUGUCCCAAGAGUGAGGAUGUGUGGCUGGAGGCCGCCAGGCUGCAGCCAGGGGACACAGCCAAGGCAGUGGUGGCCCAGGCGGUGCGUCACCUCCCCGGGUCUGUCCGCAUCUACAUCAGAGCAGCCGAGCUGGAGACGGACGUCAGGGCCAAGAAACGCGUCCUCAGGAAGGCUCUGGAGAAUGUGUCUAAGUCAGUUCGUCUGUGGAAAACUGCUGUAGAACUGGAGGAGCCAGAGGAUGCCAGGAUCAUGCUGAGCAGAGCUGUGGAGUGCUGUCCAACUAGCGUGGAGUUGUGGCUGGCGCUGGCGCGGCUGGAGACCUAUGAGAAUGCCAGGCGUGUCCUGAACAAGGCCCGUGAGAACAUCCCUACGGACCGCCACAUCUGGAUCACCGCCGCCAAGCUGGAGGAGGCCAACGGGAAUACUCAGAUGGUGGAGAAGAUCGUUGACAGAGCCAUCACAUCACUCGGGGCCAACGGAGUCGAGAUCAACAGAGAACAGUGGAUACAGGAUGCAGAGGAGUGUGAUAAGGCGGGUAGCGUGGCAACGUGCCAGGCGGUGAUCCGGGCAGUUAUUGGCAUCGGCAUCGAGGAGGAGGACUGUAAACACACCUGGAUGGAGGAUGCAGAGAGCUGUGUGUCCCACGGGGCUCUGGAGUGUGCCCGUGCCAUCUAUGCCCACGCCCUGCAGAUGUUCCCUAGCAAGAAGAGUGUGUGGCUACGCGCAGCCUACUUCGAGAAGAACCACGGCACCAGGGAGUCUCUGGAGGCGCUGCUGCAGAGGGCGGUGGCUCACUGUCCCAAGGCAGAGGUGCUGUGGCUGAUGGGGGCCAAGUCUAAGUGGCUGGCUGAGGACGUGCCUGCUGCCCGGAGCAUCCUGGCUCUUGCCUUCCAGGCUAACCCUAACAGUGAGGAGAUCUGGCUGGCUGCUGUGAAGCUGGAGUCUGAGAAUAAUGAAUAUGAGAGAGCACGUCGACUACUGGCCAAGGCCCGCAGCAGUGCUCCUACUGCCAGGGUGUUUAUGAAGUCAGUUAAGCUGGAGUGGGUGUUGGGGAACAUCGAAGCGGCCCACGAGCUGUGUACCGAGGCUCUGAAACACUACGAGGACUUCCCCAAGCUCUGGAUGAUGAGGGGACAGAUAGAGGAGCAGUCUGAAAACAAUGAGAAGGCCAGGGAGGCCUACAACCAGGGGCUGAAGAAGUGUCCCCACUCCAUGUCCCUGUGGCUGCUGCUGUCUCGUCUGGAGGAGAGGGUUGGCCAGCUGACCAGGGCCAGAUCCAUCCUGGAGAAAUCACGCCUCAAGAACCCACAGAGCCCAGAGCUAUGGUUGGAGUCGGUGAGACUGGAGUUCAGGGCAGGGCUGAAGAACAUCGCCAACACACUGAUGGCUAAAGCCUUACAGGAGUGCGCCAACUCAGGUAUCCUGUGGGCUGAGGCAGUGUUUCUGGAGGCACGGCCCCAGAGGAAGACGAAGAGUGUUGAUGCUCUGAAGAAGUGUGAACACGACCCACACGUCCUGCUAGCCGUGGCCAAGCUGUUCUGGAGCGAGCGUAAGAUCACUAAGGCCAGAGAGUGGUUCCUGAGGACAGUGAAGAUUGAGCCAGACCUGGGAGACGCCUGGGCCCUCUUCUACAAGUUUGAGAUGCAACACGGCACAGAGGAGCAGCAGGAAGAGGUGCGUAAGCGUUGUGAGAAUGCUGAGCCGCGUCACGGGGAGCUGUGGUGUGCUGAAUCCAAACAUGUCCUCUACUGGCAGAAGAAGAUAGGAGAGAUCCUCACGCAGGUCGCCUCCAAGAUCAAAAACACCUUCUAAAGUUGGACAGACAGACACUGUGUGUGUGUUAUGGAUCUGUUUCUCUGACUCCAUGUCCCUCUGUCCAUUAACCAGGGACAGACACCCCAUGUUCUCUCCUUUCAAAGUCUGUGGUAGAGAGUAGCAGCAUAAUUGCAGUCUUCGGGGACACACACACACAGACACACUUGCCUGGGCUGAGGAGUGGACUACGGUUCACUAGUAGUACAGAAUAUUUGCAUAUUUGCAAUGUAUGCAGAGUUUUAAAGCACAUUGCUGUUGGGAAAAUAAAAUGAAAACAGGAUAUUUUGUUGAACAUCAUUUUUUAUGGAAUUGUGAAAUAUAAUGUCCUUCAAUUGAAUCUGCAAGGGUAUUCUUGGAGAAGAGAAAUGUACCUGAUACCAGCUCUGUAAAGAAGUUAAUGCGACCAUUAAUUUGACCAUGGUAUUGUUUUUUUUACUCCUCUGUCAUUUGCUUGAUCGAGAUAUACGCCGUAAAUAGUUAGUCAUGAUUCACUUCCUGUGUAUGUGUUACAACUGUUGAAAACUGCUCUGGAUGAUUCCUCAAUAAACAACAAACUGAAAACCUUA